UUUGAUUUGCUUACACGAGAUGUCAGUUGGCUUCGUUCAAAAUUUAAAUAUGGCGUCGGCAAUGGAAAUUGACGAUGAAGAAAGUGAUUUACCAACUUCAAGUAGUAGUAAAGGAGAGAAAAAGCGUUUUGAAGUCAAAAAGUGGAAUGCUGUAGCACUGUGGGCAUGGGAUAUUGUGGUAGAUAAUUGUGCUAUUUGCCGUAAUCAUAUUAUGGAUCUGUGUAUUGAAUGUCAAGCUAAUCAGGCAUCAGCUACUAGUGAAGAAUGUACCGUAGCUUGGGGUGUAUGUAAUCAUGCAUUCCAUUUCCAUUGCAUCUCGCGUUGGUUGAAGACUAGACAAGUUUGUCCACUUGAUAAUCGAGAGUGGGAGUUCCAAAAAUAUGGUCAUUAGUGAAGUGCGAUCAAAUGCCACAAGCAACAGAGCCCUCAAAAAUGGUAAAACCAAUACAAAUUUAAUUACAUUCAGACGAAAGUUAAUAAAAAUUCAGUGGUAUAUGCAUGAGCAUUGUAAAAGAUUCUUGAAAGUGACAGAAAAGAGAAAGGACAAAAUAAAAAAUCUAUAAAAUAUGAAACAUUUAGGAUGUUAGUGCAUCAACAUUAUCAAGUUUAUAAUGCUCUAUCUAUUAAGUUGGUACAGAAAAUACUAAAAGUCCACAAGCUGCUGAACCUUUUUAAUUACACCGAUUAUUGCAUUGUAUAACAUAUAGUUUUAAGCGCCCAAAUAAAAAGAAACUAUAAAUUAA